AUGGCGUUCAAAGCCUUCUUUGAUGGUGGUACUAAGAUCCUCCGAUCUAUAGAUGCGCUUCUCCCGCUUUGUCAGAAGUUUGAUGGUUAUGCACCCUUUCAAGGCGCCUUUUUGUAUCCAGAGACAGUCGCGGUUAUGAGGAAAUUUAUGGAUCGCUAUGGGAGUUUCAUGGAGGUCACCGAUAUCACAUCCUCUUUCUUGAGAGGUGCCGCCUUCCAAGUUCUUGGCUUGGUGAUCAAUUAG